AUGAGUGAGGAACUAACCUCGUCGGCGUUGCUAGAGCAACUUGUCUACAUCGACAACUACAUCAACGGAACGCAACCAAACACUGACAGCUCGAGCGCCACGCCCAAUGUUGAUGUUGAUGGACAGCUAAGUCUAGAUUUGGCAGCUUUUGCAGAUGACUCGUUUAUAUUUCCAGAUGAAGAAAAGCCCAAGCACUUGUAUGGUCACGACGAUGAAGACGAGAAUGAAGCAGAGCAUGGUGAUGAUGAUAAUAAUAGAGCUGAUGGUAAAGCCAGGGGUAGCAAGAAUGAUGGCAGUCUCGCUGGAUCGGGAAACAUUAAUGGCUUGAAUGGAUGGGACAUACAAGAGUUUAAUAGCUCGAGUUUGCUACCUACUUUAAAACUGGAGCCUGAAAUAGGGAGUUCUUCCCAACAUCAUCACUUUAGAAACCAUCUAUUUGACGAAGGACACGAGCGUGAUGAUUCUGACAAGCUAAAUGAAUUUAAUGUGUUGCAUAACCAAGUCAAUAACAGUGAAGCCGGGCUUGGAAGUGGGUUGAUUAACGGGUUCGACGAUGGCAGUAGUAGCAAGCACAAUCCCAAAAACGAUGGAGCUGCUAUCAAUAAUGUGCUGGGCCAUGAUUUGGACACUCUGCACCACCACGUCCAGCCACACAAGCUAUUAAGUUUGAACGAGUUGCCCAAGUUUCCCGUACCCCCCGGAGCCAAGAACUCAUUGGUUAGUGCUGGUUUAACACUGAAUCAAAUUGACUUGUUGAGUGCGUUAAUUGCGCAACAUCAAACGAAUUUGGGCAAGACAAUAGCUCAACAGAAGCAGCAACAGCAGCAACAGCAGCAACAGCAACAGCAGCAGCAACAAGAUGAUCACAGUUUGGGUGUACAGACUGUAAACAACUUUCCCUUGAAGCAAGAGCCAAAUUUACCCUCGAACAUUGCCCCACUCACCCCAAAUGUAUCAUCCUCACCUAGUGAUAUUCCAACCCGACAAACGAACCAGAUGUUUCAACUCCCGUCGCAACAAUUUCCGUCUUCAUCUUUGCAACAGCUUAAUUCUAGUUUGCAGCUACAAACAAGGUCGCGCAAUCCCAGUGUAUCAUCUACUUCGUUCAUCGAUCCUAGCUUGCAACAACAACAACAACAACAACGUCAACAACAGCAACAGCUACAGCAACAGCAAUUGCGAGGUGGGGGAAAUCUGAUAUUGACAGGACCCGUAUCGACUCCCGCCAGCUCUAAUAUGAGUCUGCCUGACGCAGCCGAGCUCGAUAAGAAGCGUCGCAAUACUGCCGCUAGUGCUCGGUUCAGGAUCAAGCGCAAGAUGAAGGAACAACAAAUGGAGAAUAAGAUUAGCUCGUUACAAGAGAUGAUUUCUUCCUUGGAGAACAAAUUGAGUCAUUUGGAGAUGGAAAACAAGUUGUUGCGCAACUUGAUUAUUGAAAAGGGUAGUCAAAAGAGUGAUGAUGAGUUGAAGUUGUUGAAAGAGAAGGCGAAACGUGCGUGA